AUGUACGUGAACACUACCAAUGCUGUUGUUCUUGUACAAGGUACAGCUGCCAGCCACAAGUACAUCAGUGACGAGCUCCUCGCGGUGGUGUCAGUUGUGAUAAAGAGCGCCCUGUACGACGGCAUCAGUGGCUUUGGUGUGGUGACCAACGCCAUCUGUCUGAAAGUCUUCUGGACGAUGGGGUUCAAAGACACCAUCAACGUUUCGUUUUUCGCCAUCACCAUCGCAGACAUGGGUUGUCUUCUGUCUUUGUUGUGGAUGGGCAUCUGCUACAACCCUCUUUUCGCGGACUCCGAUAUCCCCAUGGACUCUCGCAGUGUCCAGUAUCUAACUGGGGGAUGGCCAAAAUUCUACUUUACCAGGGUCAGUGGAAUGAUCACUGCUUACGUGACCUUUGAACGGUGCCUCUGCACAGCUAUCCCUCUGAAGGUGAAGGUCGUCCUCACGCCGGAAAGAGUCGCCACCAUUCACGUCUUGCUCUACGUCAUCAUCGCGCUCAGCAUUGUGCCGAUUUACGUGUCGACCCGGUUGUCAUGGAGAUGGUACCCCAGCAGGAACGCCAGCCUGGUGAGCCUGGAGUUCAUCUCUAACAAAGAGACCAUCAACAUCAUCACCAACUCCCUGAACGCGCUGCUCUACAACGUUUCCUUCGUCCUUGUUGUCGUCUGCACAGCCAUCCUGAUUCUCAAGCUCAACGCAUCGCGUAGGUGGAAGGAACAUUCCACCAGAAAAGUGGACAGUCAGGAGUCGUCAAAAGAAAGCCGUGCCACCCGAAGGGUCAUGUUCAUCGCCAUUCUCUACAUCGUCUGCAACCUUCCCGGGUCACUUGUCUCCCUUGCCAUGACUGCCUUCCCAGAGUUCAACGCCGGGGAGUCCCAGCAGAACCUGUUCUUCUUUGUGGCAGCGUUUAUGCACUGCGUCGAGGCGAUUAACGCAUCUUCUAAUAUUUUCAUUUACUUGAAAACAGGAUCUAAAUUUGUCAAGGUCUUUAUGCAGACUUUUAGAUGUCGAUCAAAGAAAUGA